AUGGACGCCUCCUCCCUUCGUAUCUCCAAGUUCGAUGUAACUAACUUCCACGCCCGGAAGUUCAAGAUGCAGAUGGUGCUGGAGGAACGAGACCUGUGGGAGGUCGUCAGCGGCGAGAUCAAGGCGGAACAGUGCGUGACUCAGUUGGACCAAGCGGCGUACAAGAGGAAGUCAAGGAAGGUGAUGGCAGUGAUCUGUCUAGCCAUGGAAGAUUCCCAGCUACCGUUUGUCCGGUCGGCAAGUGGUGCAUGCGACGCAUGGUCAAGGUUGGAAGACCACUUCGAGAAGAAGAGUCUUGCCAACAAGCUGUUCUUGCGCCGUCGCUUCUUCACGACGAUGGUGGAAAAAAGGGACGAUGUGCUCGAACUCAUCAACAAGCUCAAGACGUUGGCGGAACAGCUAGAAUCGGUGGGGGCUCCGGUCUGCGAGGACGAUCUGGUGAUCACACUUCUCGGCAGCCUGAGUGACUCGUAUCAAUUCUUGAUCACAGCUUUGGAGUCGCGCUCAGACACUCUUAGCUGGUAG